UUGUCUCUUUCCUUUCUAUGCCACUCGCCGACCUCCACUAUCCUCUCCCCUUUUUCUCAAACUUAUCUCUCCCACAUCUAGCAUUCUCUCUUCCAUUAUUUCUUGUUUUUUCCCUUCAUUAUCCUGUAUAUGAGAAUCUCGAAGCACCUCCUUUAGACACCACCAGAUGUUUCCCUUUUAUUGCUGGCCAUCAUCAAGAGGCUAGGGCCACAAUCUCGGAAGAGCAUCCAUCUUGGGAGUCUAAUCCUAUGCCUAAAAGGGCUUUACUGGCUUUAGUCUUGCGGGAGAAGCGAGUUGCUAGAGAGGGCAGACACAUGCUUUCCGAGUGGUUACUGAUUCUUGAGCUGCUAUUAUGGUUAGCAGCUCCGCUCGGUGCAUACAUGUUGGAGGCAAAUUCAUCACCUCCACUGACUUGUACCAGUGUUCCCUAUCCAUUCGGCAUAUCUGGUAAAGCUAUGAAAGGCUUUGAAAUAAGUUGCAAUUGGAUUGACGGCACUUCUCCAAUUCUGCAGCUGGGCAAGCAUUUUUAUCAGAUUGAAGACAUCUCAUUGCAAGGCUAUUUGAGCAUCUACACUCAUGCCAUUGCUCAGAACUACGAUCGGAACUACACCCAAGUAUCCGGCUGGAUCGAUCUAGAGGGAACCCCCUACACGAUAUCAGACACAGAGAACUCUGGGAACAAGCUGACGACGGUCGGUUGUGAAGUUGUGGUACUUCUCCAAGGACUUCAGAGUACCUCGUCAAGCAGUAGUUGUACUACCUUCUGCAACUCUGACAUCGUUGUUGGAUCUUGCUCUGGCGUGGGUUGCUGUCAAGCCUCCAUCCCUAAAGGUCUCAAGAGCUUCAACUUGACGAUCGAAAGCGUUCGUAGACUCCCGAGCAAAGUCCGCUCUACGAAGGUGAACACCACAUGCAGUCGGACCUUCAUUGUCACACCGAGCAACUUCACAUUCUCGAAUGAGAUUUUGCAAGAUGUUAUGGAGCAAAAUCAAGUUUCCAAUUAUACUUACCUGAUGGCGUUGGAUUGGGCUAUCGGGAAUGAGACAUGCGAAGAAGCAAUGAGGAAGAUGGAAACCUAUGCUUGCAAAGAGAAUAGCUAUUGUUACAAUUCAAACAGUGGGAUCGGGUAUCGCUGCAAUUGCAGCCAAGGAUACCAUGGAAAUCCUUAUGUUGAAGAUGGAUGCGAAGAUUUUAAUGAGUGCGAGGAUCCGGAGCUCAAUCCUUGUGUGGGAUUAUGCAUCAACGAGCCAGGAAAUGUUUCUUGCGCCUGCCCACCUGGUCAACAUGGUGACGGUAGAAAGCAAGGAAGUGGUUGCACGAAGAAGGAAAAAGAUACGGCCUUUCCGCUGGAGCUUGCUUUGGGUAAUAUAUUCAAAUUCUAUUAUUGUAGAUGGGAAUUGAUUCUCAAGAGUGGUGAUCCACCCAUUAUUCAUGGAUACAAAGAACUAGAAAAAGCAACCAACAACUUCAAUGAAAGCCAAAUCCUUGGUCACGGUGGAUAUGGUACUGUAUAUAAAGGUGUUUUGCCAAGCUUGGAAGUUGUGGCCAUCAAGAAGUCCAAAUUUGUUGACGAGAGCCAAAUCGAGCAAUUCAUCAAUGAGAUCAUCAUCCUUUCUCAAAUCAAUCAUAGGAAUGUUGUCAGACUCUUGGGCUGCUGUUUGGAGACCCAAGUUCCAUUGCUUGUGUAUGAGUUCAUAUCCAACGGAACCCUCUUCCACCAUAUCCAUGGUGACAGUCAUGAUUUUUCAAUGCCAUGGGAAGUUCGUCUAAGGAUAGCUGCAGAAGCUGCUGGAGCGUUGGCAUAUCUGCACUCCGCUGCUUUAGUACCAAUCAUUCACAGAGAUGUCAAGUCCACAAAUAUACUCUUAGAUGAGAAUUAUACCGCUAAAGUAUCAGACUUUGGAGCUUCGAGGUUGGUCCCGUUUGAUCAAACACAUAUAACCACCCUUGUGCAUGGGACAUUUGGAUACUUAGAUCCAGAGUACUUCCACACAAGCAUGCUAACAGAGAAGAGCGAUGUCUAUAGCUUUGGGGUCGUUCUUGCGGAGCUAUUAACUAGGGAAACUCCAAUAUCUUUUACUAGGUCGGAAGAUCAGAGGAAUCUAGCUAUAUAUUUCACCUUAAUGUUUGAUGAACAGCACUACCUUCAAUUGCUAGAGCCACAGAUUGUAGAGCAGGCUGGAAUAGAGCAACUCUUUUUGGCUGCACAACUUGCUAGGAGGUGCUUAAAUUUGAAAGGAGAAGGAAGGCCAACUAUGAAAGAAGUUGCCAUGGAGUUAGAAGGGCUAAGGAGGUUCCAUAAGCAGCAGUUGGUUCCCAAUCUCAAGGAAAUGGAACACUCAAUAGAUGAGAUUGGAUCUUCAAAAAUAUGCAUUGAGGAGGAAAGCAGAUAAUAUAAUUUUAGAAAGUUAUAUCUUAGCUUCCAUGGAUCACCUAAGGUGAUGAAUCUAUGAGAACUCACUCUUGUUGUUGAGAGCUGUUAAGAUAUUUUCUAUGCUAUUGAUGCUUUCUACUUUCCUAAGCAAAUGUUGAUCAAAUAAUUUUUUGAACUUUCUGUUUUACUACUAUCUCUAAUUUACAUAUUGUA